AUGGAUGUGAAUGCGCUUCAGCGGCUCUCGGCGGAUGCCCGGACUCUCUCAGAGGCCACCGACCAGGUGGCAUCCCUGAUCCAGCAGCAGGGUACUACCUUCGAUGCAGUGGAGGAGCAAGUGGGGCAGACUGUGGAGGAAACCAGGGGAGUGGUGGACAGCUUGUCCGAGGUUGCCAUAGGCAAGUCUCGAUCCAGAGUCGCAAAGGUGACAAUUGCCGUAGGAGCCUGCGGGGCAGCCGUCGGCUGCGUGCCAAACUUCAGGACGAGCACAAGGGCGAAGCCCAAGAUGUUCUCGGACGUUCCACUCCUGGGAACCUCGGAAUCCGCGGUGACCUGGUACAUCAAGCACGGCACCUCCACAGACAGCUAG